AAGAUUUUAUACAUCUCUUCUUAAACUUUACUGACUAGGUCCUAUGGAGGGGCUCCCCAAAAAUCUAUAUAUAUAUCUCUUUCUGGAGUAUACAAGAAAUUGUGUGCAGAGAGCCAGAAAAGGUGCUAUUUUCAGCUACAUUAAGACAAUGUCAGACUCACAGACAACUCGUUUCAAACUUGCUCGCAUUGACAACUUUUCAGAGGCGAAAGCAAGGGUUGAGGGACUGAAGGGAAGCAUGUCAGGGAUUGCUGAUGUUAAUUUGGGAGGAGAUAGAUGGGCUACAUUCCUCCAGGAUCCCAGUACAACUGAUGCACAAAUAAGAUCAAUCACUGAUGGAUAUGCAAUGAGAUACAAGAUAUAGGGUCCUCCAUUAUACAGAAUAUACAGUGUGGAUGAAAGAAACAACUUGAUUAUUGUAAUUAUUAUUAUUAAUAAUUAUGCAAAUAAAGAACUGCUGGUAUAUUAUUUGUGUUAGACUUUCUGGGAGAUUUCGUUUUUUCCCCAGAAAAAGAAAACUAACUUUUUUAACCUUUCCGAGAGAAUUAUGUUACCUAUUAGGUACAUGCAAAUCUUUAUGUCUCCUUCAAGGAUACCUCUUGUUUCUAUCAUUUAUGACAGAUAUGACAGAUAUUCGAAGAAUCUAAGAUAAUCAUAUCACUCGUGUGGAAGCGUA